CUCUACCUCCAGGCGGAACUGGGGCGUCCCGGGCCCCUGCAAAAGCUAAACACCCGGUGUGAAAGGAAGGUGGCCCCGGGCGGGGCGGGACGCAUGCGCGGCAGCUCGCCCCGGGGGGGGAAGGGCUGAGGAGCGGAAGGGGCGGCCGGCUGCUCGCGGUGCGGAGCAGGGUCAGGAUGGACGAGGACGUGCUGACCACCCUGAAGAUCCUCAUCAUCGGUGAGAGCGGCGUGGGCAAGUCCAGCCUGCUCUUGAGGUUCACAGAUGAUACUUUUGAUCCAGAACUUGCAGCAACAAUAGGUGUUGAUUUUAAGGUGAAAACAAUUUCAGUGGACGGAAAUAAGGCAAAACUUGCAAUAUGGGAUACUGCUGGUCAAGAAAGGUUCAGAACAUUAACUCCCAGCUAUUAUAGAGGUGCACAGGGUGUUAUAUUAGUUUAUGAUGUCACAAGAAGAGACACCUUUGUUAAACUGGAUAAUUGGUUAAAUGAGUUGGAAACAUACUGCACGAGAAAUGACAUAGUAAACAUGCUAGUUGGAAAUAAAAUUGAUAAGGAAAAUCGUGAAGUUGAUAGAAAUGAAGGCCUGAAAUUUGCACGAAAGCAUUCCAUGUUAUUUAUAGAGGCAAGUGCAAAAACCUGUGAUGGUGUACAGUGUGCUUUUGAGGAACUUGUUGAAAAGAUCAUUCAGACCCCUGGACUGUGGGAAAGUGAGAACCAGAAUAAAGGAGUCAAGCUGACACACAGGGAAGAAGGCCAAGGAGGCGGAGCGUGUGGUGGUUACUGUUCUGUGUUAUAAACUCUGGGAAACGCCAUCUCUUGCGUAUUUGAUCAGAUAAUGUCAUCUUUCUGUAUAUAAACUCUCUUAACUGCUAUUUUAGGGACCUUGCAGUUUGCACAUAUUUGUUUUGUAUCAUGGCAGUAAAUAUUUGUGAGAAAGCCCACUCAUUGACUUUUCCAGGUAAAACGUAAGCAUGCACAGUUUGCAGUCUGCAGUUUUUUAUGUAACAUAAAAUAGGUGUACCUUUAUAAGUACAUUUGAUUUUAUGAUUUACAUUCAUCAUGUGAUUUUUUAAAAAUCCACCUCUCUAGUAUAUGUUGAUACAAGGUCUAGUUUUGGUCUCUUUUUCGCUUAAAUACUUAUCAAUUACUGAAUUAAUUGGUAUCGUAGAACUCCCAGGACCACUGGGAGAUAAACACAUGUCAUCAAACCUGGCAGAUUUCCCUUCAGGAAUAACAAAGAGCAUGAUUCCACAGCUUUCCUAGGAUGUUCGCUGAUGGAUUCUCUUUAGUACUAAGCAAAAUCCUCUUUGCAGGAUGUGGUCGAGGCCAAUUUAUAAUUAAAUCCCCGUUUGUUCUGACGAUACUUCUGAAGUAGCAUUAAUAUGUUAAAGAAGUUUGGUCUUCCUUGACUUGAGGAGUAGCUCAUUGCUUAGCUGGAGUUUUAAUUCUGUGAUGUGUACAUGGCUUCAUGAGCCUCUGUGCAGCAUUUUGGGUUGUGUGGUAUUUGACAGAAUUGCAAUAAGAUUCCCCCAUUUUGGUUUCAGAAGGACAGGAGUAGUAUGUUUGUGUAACUCAUGUAGCACUUAUCACCUUUAAAACCAACACCUUUUCCCAUAAAUGUUGGUGGUGUUUGUUCCGGUACUUCAAUUAUAGCUUGUGUAAUGUUAAUGAAUAUCUGUAUCUUAUGACUUCCAUAAAUGACUAGUUGAUAUUCAAAAACAUAUUUCUGUGUUUUGAGGGUUGGGGAAAAAAACACUAAACUAUAAUUUGAAAAAGGCAUAUUGCUUCCAGAUUUCGAUGUGUAUGGAAAAAUACUGUUGCAGUGAAAAUCUUGGUACAAACUUGUACAGACUAAUAAAUCUUUUACACAGUAUUCAGUUUUGUAACCUCCUGCUAUUGUACAUUGUAUAUUUUUUUCACUCAUGUAUUAUUUAAUAUACAUUGAUCUCUGCUAUUUUAAGCUUGCAGAUAAGUAAUUUGCCCUUUCAGGCAGGCCACUUUAAUACCACUCAGUAAGAUUAAUAAGAAAUACUAAUUUCUGGGUGGUUUGUUCUCUAUAUACAGUUGCAAACGAUAAACAUUUUUGUGGGUCACCUUUACAAUGCUUGUGAUAAUAGACUGAAAUGUAUAUCUUCACAUAAGAAAACCUUAACAUACUACAUGGUUCACACUUCUUAGACUAUAUUACAUGGGAUUAAAGGUUUUAUGCAUUACAUAUGUUUUUACAGAAAAUGAAACAUAUACUACUACUUUAAUGUUAGAGAAAGAUAGCUAACACAUGUACUUAUGAUUUUGUUGUUACAUUAAAACUGUAGAUUUGUAUAUGUGGUUUCUGUAUUGACAUUUCUGUUUAUUGCUAUUUGCUCCUUGAGCCAUAGAAUAUUCUUCCUAUGCAUUGGAUUGUCUUUAUUUGGUCAGAAUUUGGAUACAUAUGAGUCACUUAACUUUUAACAACUAAUUUUGUUUGAUUUAUAUUGUAACCUUUUAUAGUUUUUUAAUAAAUCUAGCCUGCUUUCCCUAGA